UCAUGGAGUGUCAAACCAGGAUUUCCUGUAGGAUUUCUGGGGAUCCCCCCUGAGCUGGGAGGGAGCUCCUCCCAUUGAGAAAUCAGGAUGUAAUUUUAGAAGGGGGCAGAUAUAAAAGAUGAAAUCAGAUUGAAAAUACAGGGAUUUCUCCAGCUCUGGCUCUGGCCACUGCACAGCAAAGUUAGCUGGGGCUGAAGGAUUUCCUUGGAGUGCAGCUCUCCUUCCCUGGGCCCCAAGGCCCUGCUCACGGACAUUCACCCUUCCUUCACCUCCAAAUCAGUUCCCUUACGUAUAUAUAUUUUAAAGAAAUCCAAGUCUUACUUUCAAAGCACACACUUAGUCUCAACUAGGGAAUCAACAGAAGCAGAAGCGAUUUUUUUUCCCCCUUCUUGACAUCUGGCUUGCGAUUGGCUGGAAGGGGGUCAGCUGACUUUGUCAUUUUGUCUGUCCUGGAUUGGAGCCGUCCCUAUAACCAUCUAGUUCCGAGUACAAACUGGAGACAGAAAUAAAUAUUAAAGAAAUCAUAGCCCGACCAGGUAAAGGCAAAGGGAUGAAUUCCUACUUCACUAACCCUUCCUUAUCCUGCCACCUCGCCGGGGGCCAGGACGUCCUCCCCAACGUCGCCCUCAAUUCCACCGCCUAUGAUCCAGUGAGGCAUUUCUCGACCUAUGGAGCGGCUGUUGCCCAGAACCGGAUCUACUCGACUCCCUUUUAUUCGCCACAGGAGAAUGUCGUGUUCAGUUCCAGCCGGGGGCCGUAUGACUAUGGAUCUAAUUCCUUUUACCAGGAGAAAGACAUGCUCUCAAACUGCAGACAAAACACCUUAGGACAUAACACACAGACCUCAAUCGCUCAGGAUUUUAGUUCUGAGCAGGGCAGGACUGCGCCCCAGGACCAGAAAGCCAGUAUCCAGAUUUACCCCUGGAUGCAGCGAAUGAAUUCGCACAGUGGGGUCGGCUAUGGAGCAGACCGGAGGCGCGGUCGCCAGAUCUACUCGCGGUAUCAGACCCUGGAACUGGAGAAGGAAUUUCACUUCAACCGCUACCUAACGCGGCGCCGGCGUAUCGAGAUCGCCAACGCGCUCUGCCUGACCGAGCGACAGAUCAAAAUCUGGUUCCAGAACCGCCGGAUGAAGUGGAAAAAGGAAUCUAAUCUCACGUCUACGCUCUCAGGGGGCGGCGGAGGGGCCGCAGCCGACAGCCUGGGCGGAAAAGAGGAAAAGCGGGAAGAGACAGAAGAGGAGAAGCAGAAAGAGUGACCAGGACUGUCCCUGCCACCCCUCUCUCUCCUUCUCCCUCGCUCCCCCAACUCCCUCCUAAUCACACACUCUGUAUUUAUCACUGGCACAAUUGGUGUGUUUUGACUCCCUAAGACAAAAUUAGGGAGUCAGAUAUGGACCUGAAAUUCAACUCUGGACCCCCCACCCCUCACCGCACAAACUCUCUCACCACGCGUCUCCUCCUCCUUGCUCCCUCGCUAGCUCGUUCUCGGCUUAUCUGCAGGCCCUUUCCCCCGCCCAGGCCUUGGGGGCUCCGUCCCUGAACCUCGCUUCACAGUCCACAGAUCUUUCUGCAAAAGAGGACUUGGCCUCCCACCUCCUCUGUGCCCCCUACCCCUGCCCCCGCGCAGAGAGCCGGCUCCCGGGCCCGGGGCCUCUGCUCCGGGGCCUCAGGGCCCGGCCUGGCUGCCGGGGAGGGCGGGAGGCCCAAGGAGGGCGCGUCGUGGCCCCACAGCAACCCCCAGGGCCUCCCCGCAGUCCCUGCCCGGCCCCUCUGCCCCAGCAAAUGCCCAGCCCAGGCGAAUUGUAUUUAAAGAAUCCUGGGGGUCAUUAUGGCAUAUUACAAACUGUGACCGUUUCUGUGUGAAUAUUUUUAGCUGUAUUUGUGGUCUCUGUAUUUAUAUUUAUGUUUAGCACCGUCCGUGUUCCAAUCCCAUCUUAAAAAGGAAAAAAAGAGGGAAAAUUACAAAAAGAGAAAAAAAGUGAAUGACGUUUGUUUAGCCAGUAGGAGAAAAAAAAUAAAUUCUAAAAAAAUCCCCUCGUGUUACCCUCCUGUAUAAAUCCGACCUCUGGAUCCGUUCUCGCAUAUUUAAUAAAACUGAUAUUAUUUUUAAAAGUUUA